CCCGACGCCACCCACGGGCACACUCCCAAGGGGAACCGCGCGUCUCUCGCGUCUCUUGAGAACGAGUAUCCGCCGUCCAAUCUCACCGCCGUCGCAGCACCGUCCAUGACGAUGCCGGGGGGACGCGGCCGGAUCCGGGUGUUGAACGUGGCGGAGAAGCCGUCGGUAGCGAAGGCGGUGGCGGAGAUCCUGUCCCGCCGCGGCGGAGGGUUCCGUUCCCGGGAGGGGCGGUCGCGAUACAACCGGGUGUUUGAGUUCGAGUACGCCAUCGGCCCCCAGCUCUGCCACAUGCUCGUUACCUCCGUCACCGGCCACCUCAUGGAGCUCGAAUUCGACGACCGCUUCCGCAAGUGGCACUCCUGCGAUCCCGCCGACCUCUACCACGCCGCCGUCCGCAAGCACGUUCCGCAGGACAAGUUGGAUAUCAAAAGGACUUUGGAGGAGGAAGCUAGGAGUUGCCAGUGGCUUGUUCUGUGGCUUGACUGUGAUAGAGAAGGUGAGAAUAUUGCGUUUGAAGUGAUGGAGGUUUGCACGUCAAUAAAUCAUCGCCUCAAUGUGUGGAGAGCUCAUUUCUCAGCAUUGAUUGACAGGGAAAUACAUGAAGCAGUGCAGAAUCUUGGUCGACCCAACAAAUUGUUCGCAGAUGCAGUGGAUGUCAGGCAGGAAAUUGAUCUCCGCAUAGGUGCUUCAUUUACUAGGUUUCAGACGAUGCUGCUCAGAGAUGCAUUUGUUCUGGAUUUUGCUGGGGAUGACAGGAAUGUUGUAUUAAGUUAUGGUCCUUGUCAGUUUCCUACUCUUGGUUUUAUUGUGGAACGCUAUUGGGAGAUACAAUCUCAUGAGCCGGAAGAAUUUUGGACAAUUAACUGCUCUCACACAUCAGAUGAGGGCACUACUACUUUCAGUUGGAUGCGCGGGCAUUUGUUUGACUACACAUCUGCUGUUAUAGUUUAUGAGAUGUGUGUUGAAGAAUCAACUGCAACUGUCAUGAAUGUCAGGAACCAGGAGAAGCUUAAGUAUCCCCCAUACCCAUUGAGUACUGUUGAGCUUCAGAAACGUGCCUCUAGAUAUUUCAGGAUGAGUUCUGAGCACACAAUGAAGGUAGCUGAAGAGCUUUAUCAGGCUGGAUAUAUUAGUUAUCCUCGUACGGAAACAGAUAGCUUCUCAGUGAACACAGACCUACAUGCCAUUGUGGGGGAGCAAGUGGGACAUCCAGCUUGGGGUUCAUAUGCUCAAAGACUUUUGGAUCCAGAGGCAAGUCUUUGGAGAAACCCCAGUAAUGGUGGACACAAUGACAAGGCACAUCCUCCUAUCCAUCCUACAAAAUUUUCUGCUGGUGAACCAGGGUGGAGUCAAGACCAUAAUAGAUUGUAUGAGCUUGUGGUGCGCCAUUUCCUUGCUUGUGUCUCAAAACCUGCUGUAGGAGCUGAAACUACAGUUGAAAUUGACAUUGCUGGUGAACAAUUUUCUGCAUCUGGACGUGUGAUAAUAGCGAAAAAUUACUUGGAUGUCUAUAGAUUUGAAUCUUGGGGAGGUACUAUACUCCCAACAUACACAAUUGGGCAACAGUUUAUUCCAACAACUUUGACACUUGAUUCAGGGGUGACAAGACCACCCCAACUUUUAAGUGAAGCUGAUUUGCUUAGUUGUAUGGACAAGGCAGGAAUUGGCACAGAUGCAACAAUGCAUGAUCACAUCAAAAAGCUACUUGAUCGAUGUUAUGCAACCAAAGAUUCAAAUACACGUUUCUCGCCAACAAAUCUUGGCGAGGCGUUGGUAAUGGGCUAUGAUGAGAUGGGGUAUGAGCUUUGGAAGCCGUUCCUUAGAUCAAUGAUGGAGUGCGAUAUGAAAGCAGUUAGUAUAGGUUCGAAGAGGAAAUCUGAAGUUCUGGAGGGUUGCUUGCAGCAGAUGAAAGCUUGUUUUUUAGAUGCAAGGCUGAAUAGAGUGAAACUCUUUGAAGCAAUGGAGUUAUUUUUUGAAAGAUCUAAUAGAUCUGGUGCAGAUACACAUAAUAUCGGAGAGACUGUAAGGCCGUGUGAUUCGUGUCAUGAAUCGGAUAUGGUGCUGAAGCGAAGACCGAGUGGUGACUUUAUGGUUGGAUGUUUGCGCUUUCCAUUGUGUAGGAAUGUGGUUUGGCUCCCAGGAUCCAUUUCAGAGGCAGCUGUAACUAGCGAAGUUUGCCCCACUUGUGCUCCAGGUCCUGUUUUUCUGAUUCAAUUUAAGUUUCGUCGACUGGAGAUACCACCAAACUAUGAUGUUGAUCAUUUAGGUUGCAUUGGUGGCUGUGAUGUUGCACUUAGAGAACUAGCAGAGAUUUGUGGAACAGGAUCUCGAAAUAAUACUGGUAUGACAGCAAGAGCACAGAGAUCCACAGAACCUCCUAGUAGUACAAGGCGAGGAAAUUCAAGGCAGGAUUCUUGUAUGUAUUGCAGGCGAACAGGGCAUUCUUCAAAUGAUUGCCCCUCCCAGGUUUCCCAUUCACAUGGAGCUCCAUCCAUUCGCAUCCAAAAGUCAAGGAAUGGUUCAGGCCAAGUCUUGUGUAGUUGUGGAGCACCAUGCGCAUUGAGAACUGCUAACACAGAAACUAAUAGAGGAAGGAAGUUCUACACAUGCCAAUCUCAAGAAUGUGGUUUCUUUGUAUGGGAAGAUAGUCUGGAGAAUGGUGGAACGCAUGGAUGUGGAGCAUCUCAUGGAAGCAGUAGCAGGGCAUCGUCCACUGCAAGGAGAGGCGGUCGUGGCCGAGGACAGGGGGGAGCACGCACUGGUGGUGUAACAUUUGUUUCUGCAACUGGUGAGCCAGUAUCUGGUAGUUGUUUCGUCUGUGGUGAUCCCUCACACUUUGCAAAUGUAUGCCCAAAUCGUGGCAGUUGACUUCUGGAGCAAGAAAAGAAGCAAUAAUAUUCGAUUAUUGCUAUUGCCUACUGUUCGCCUUUAAGAAUUCUGGCUUAUGUUUCUCUUGUUAUGUUGGAUUAACUAGCAACUUAUGUAUGGUCCUUUGUGUAAAAAGUGACUUCUUGUGGAUGACUUCUUUUGUGAAUGACUUUGACUUGAA